AUGGACUCUAUUAAACACUCGAUUGCACAACUAACAGAACAUUUCAACUCUAAAAUGGCUGAAUUCCAGCAAAAUUUGAAUUCUAAUAUGCCAGCCGCCAGUCCAACUUCCAACAUAGUCUCCCAGUUUAAUGCUUUCCGGAGUUUUGUCUUAACUGCUCUGGAAGGACUUCAGCUGCAAGUCGAGCUCCUUUCGAAAAAGUGUGACCAAAUUGAAAUGAGAAGUAGACGGAAAAUGCUCCUGGUGCAUGGGGUUCCGGAAGCCAGCAAAGAAAAUUUAUCGGCUACUGUCAGUCAGCUGCUGUCUAAACAUCUCAAGUUGCCAGAGUUAUCAGCGGAUUCUAUCAGUCGCUGCCAUCGUUUGGGUUCUUCGGUUACUGAGAAACCAAGGGUCAUCCUUAUUAAGUUCCAAGAUCCAAUCAUGCGUAACAAAGUGUGGUAUGCGAAAACCAGUCUGAGGAACACUGGGGUUACACUGUCUGAGUUCCUAACAAAGGAACGUCAUGACGUCUUCGUGGCUGCCAGACAGCGUCUUGGUAUCAACAAAUGUUGGACUAGAGAUGGCAACAUAGUUAUUAUUGGUCCAGAUGGUAAGCGUCACCAAAUUACGUCUAUGGCGGAGCUGAAUACGUAUUCCACUGCUACGGUGCCUCAACAAGUUUCAGCUAGGACUGCAACCUCAUCCAACAUCAAUACCCAAGAGAACAAAAAUUCGCAGGGAGUCCGGCCGAAAAGGAACUUAAAGAAGUAA